AAUGUCUGCUGUCAAUGAUGUAUAGAUUAGUGUUACAGAAAUCUCUCACAGUGACAGGUGUUAGUGAGUGUUGUCACAUUACCCGUGUAUCACCAGACCGGGUCUGGAUCAGUGAUAGAUAUAACAAUCUCAUCUUGACAAACACAGCAGGUGAUAAACUACAUCAUCUGACUGAUAUAACUGAAUAUGGAGCUGGAGUACACACAGUGACUCGGGACGGUGAUUUAAUUUAUAUAGACAGUCACGGUAACAUCCACAAACUCUCUACAGAUCACACAGUACAGACUACAUUAAUAAAGUACAACACAGCACCAUGGAUACCACAGUGUGUCUACAGCUCCCCCUCCACUGGAGACCUGCUGGUCGGGAUGUAUAGAGGUAAUACAGGCAAGGUAAACCGUUACAAUAACACAGGAGAACACAUACAGACCAUACAGCACAACAACAAUACAGGUCAGGGACUGUAUAGAGUACCUAUCUACAUCACAGAGAACCGCAAUGGAGAUGUUAUUGUGUCUGACUGGGACCGUGAUGCUGUAGUGGUGACAGAUCAGGGAGGUAAACAUCGCUUCUCCUACACAGGACCUCCAUCAGGAUCACGACUAUCACCAAGUGGAAUCUGUACUGACGCGCUGUCACACAUCCUGGUGUGUGAUGAUAACACCAACACAGUACAGAUGAUUGAUAAAGACGGACAAUUCCUGUCAUUGAUACUGACAUCACAACACAGGAUAGACUCACCAUGGAGCCUGAGUUAUGAUGACAUCACUAACCUGUUCUUGGUGGGAUCAUGGAACAACAACACAGUAAACAUAUACAGACUUAUCUAUGGAGGGGAUAAUCUGACCGAUCCAAACAGUGAUGAUAUAAAUGAAGUUGAUGAGUUGAAGAAGUUUCUGAGGAAGGAGAAGACAACUGUUUUCCACGCCAGAGGGAUACUUGUUGGGUGUGCUGAGGCAGGAAAAACGACUCUGCUGAAGCGAUUAAGAGGGCAAUGUCAAAAUGUCAGCGAAGCUACAAAGUCAUCCAGGGGAAUAACAACACUGCUGAAGCGAUUAAGAGGGAAACGUCAAAAUGUCAGUGAAGUUACAGAGUCCACCAGGGGACUGGAAGUCCAUCAACAUCUCUUCAUUGUUAAAGAUGGAGUUUUAGAAGUGACUGAUGAUGACUCACCAUUGAAGACAUUUAUCAGGAUAAACGCUGCAGAUCUGAAACCAGACCCAAGCAGUGCAGUUUCUGUCUCCAAUACAAAUGGAAAAGAAGACAAUUUGGAACUAGGAAGUACUGAUAAAAACACUGAAGUAGUUUAUAGCCGAGAAGAAGAGAAAGAAGAGAAUGUGGAAAUGUCUAGUUCACCAACUGAGGGCACAGAAGAAGAGAAUACAGUAGAGGUAAUGGCCAGUCUUCUUUCCUCAGAAGCUUCAGCUAUGGUGAAAGAUGAAAUUUUUCAGAAAAUCUUGUCUGAUAAAAAGAAGUUACCAUCAGUAAGCAUGCUGGAUUUUGCUGGCCAGUUAGCGUAUUAUGCUUGUCACCAAAUUUACGUAACACCAAAAGCCUUCUUCAUCCUUGUCUUGGACAUGACUAAGAAGUUUGAAGAUGUUGUCAGUAAAGAGAAAGACAAUCAAGAAGGAUCAAUCUUCUCCGUGUGGACUUACAAAGACUACUUGAAGUUUUGGAUUACCUCAAUCAAGACAUUUGGAGGCCAAAAGGCACCACUGUUUCUUGUUGCCACACACACGGAGAAAAAAUCUACAGAUGAAAUAGAGAAGUAUUUUGGGGAGUUCUGGAAAGCUGUACCAGAUGAGGACAGAGAUUGGUUGAGUGAGUCUCUGAAUGAUCAGGAAUAUGCAGUAGGUCUAAAGGAACUUAAUGAUAAUACCAAGGAAAUGCUAGAGUCAAUAAAGAAGUCCAUAGUGGACUUAUUUACAGAUGAGAACAAUACAAAAAUUGAACUGCCUUCUUCAUGGGCUUUAAUGGAGCAGUUAUUAUAUGAAGGAGCCUGGAAGGUUUUGUCCCUGAGUGAAAUCUGGAAGCUCAACUUAUCUCUUCCACGUGAAUACCAAAUCAAAAGUGAUGAGGAAAUGUCUAAAUUUUUAAAAUGUUUCCAUGACAAUGGCCUUCUUUUGAAUUUUGAAGAAGAUGAAUUGAGGGAACAUGUUAUUCUAGACAUUCAGUGGUUUGCUAAUGCUUUCAAUAAGGUAAUUGCAGAUGAAAACCACAUCAAUAAAGAUUGUAAAAGGAAAUUAAUCAAAGAGUGGAAAUCCUUCAACAAAACGGGGGAACUUAAAGAUAAAGUGAUAGAUGCUUUGUGGCAAGAUGAACCCUCUUACUUGAAACAUAAAAGUGAAAUUAUGCCAUACAUGGAGAAACUUCAAAUGCUGGUACAUUUGAAUGCAUUUGAGGCUGUAUCAGAAGGCGGCAUGUCAUGGUAUGUCCCAUGUAUGAACAAAAAGCAGUUUAAAGCUGACUUCCGUGAAGAUAAAUGGGAAUGCUCAUCCGUUUUGUGCUAUCGAUUUACUUCCUUUGCCAUGUUUGUGUUCUACAGACUGGUAGCAUACUGCAUAAGUUUUCUAAGAUGGAGUGUUGCAAAAGAUGAAGAUAAUGAAGGAAAUCUGUGUCUUUAUCAAACAGCAGCUGCGUUUGAUCACAAUGAACACACUGUUGUUAUUGGCAUAUGCAAUGAUGAUAUUCAGUUGCAAGUGUUCAGAAUCAAACCAUUAACUGUAGACAAAGAAGUAUCAAAUGAAAUUGGAGACUCCAUUGAUAAGGCAAUAGAAAAAUUGACAGAAACAUUUAUUGACACAAAAAUAUUCCAUAGAGGAUUCAAAUGUCAAAACAUUAUUUGUAAUGAGAAAGAUCUAUCUUUUACCCUUGCAAGUGAGCUCUCCAAUAUCAAGGCUGAAGAAACGCAGUGCAAGUGUCAACUUCAGGAGAAACAUAUGAUAAAUGUACAGGCAACUAAGAGUUUUUGGGAAAAGACAAAAAUGAGUCUUUCUAAAACUCCAUUGACUUCUGUCGGACAUGACCUUGAGGGACGAUCGAGAUUUGCAAAACUUGGAAUGGCAACAAACGAUGUGUUAAAUCAGGCAUACAGAGAUAUACUAGAGAUGGAGGUUCCCCCUUUCCUAAUUUACAACAAGGUGAAAGCAUCAUCAAUUUAUAAAAGAUUACGCCCAGAGCAAGAAUAUCUCUUACAAAAUCCUCAACAAUCAGGAUAUAAGAACUUUGACAUUUCAUUAACAUACACAUUGAUCAGAAACAUAUGUUCAACGAUCCCUAAACCAACCAAAGGAAAAUGGGGAGAAGAGCCUGCAGCAGGGGAGGUAACAGUGGGUGAUGAUAUCGAGAGAAUUAGGUCCAUCCGAAACAGUUUGACUGCUCAUGUGAGUUCAGCCUCCACCUCUCAGACAGAAUUCGUUAAAACAUGGACGACGAUGACCAAUAUCUGCCAAAGAUUGGAAACCUACACUGGAAAGAAUUACUUGGAUAACCUGAAUAGCAUUUAUAAACUGACUUUAAAAGAUGAAGAUGCUAUUUUAGCUAUCAUAGAAAAAGUUAACAAGGAACAACAUGAUAUGUUGAAGAAAGUCAUGUCAGAUAUGCAAAAAUUAAUGUCAGAUAUGCGAGAAGUUAAGUCAGAUAAGAAAAAUUUAACGCAAAAUUGAUGGCGACAGGCAAUGAUUCCCAAAUUAGAAUUUUUAUGCAUCGAACAUAUGUAGAGUGACUUUAACUUUUAAAAAAUUGAAAACCAGCCUUUAACAAUUGUGGAGCAUGAAAAAUCAAAAUUUUAGGAAGCAGCAGAGACUUUGUGAGAGGAGAUGGGUGAGCAGUAGGUGCACUCAUUUAAAGAAAUACAUCCAUAGAAUGAUAUUUGAUUUUUAACCCUCCAAUCAUUAUUCAAUAUAUGUACUGAUGUAUUGUACUUCUUUUGGAUUACUGUUCUGUGUAUAGGGUUUCAAUAGUGACUCAUGUAUGGAUAGCCUUCAGAAUCGUGCACUAAGGUAUUUUUAGUAUUACGUAGAUUUACUUUCCUUCUGACUUUAAAUGGCGGAGUUGGAUGGCUCGCAUUUAUAAAAUUGAUGGUUAAAUGUGUUCUGGAUGUGGAACUGUUUGAUAAUGAUGGACAAGGACUGACUUACCAAAACAAAUCAUUCUACUGGGAUUACAAUAAUCAU